ACGUCCCGGCCCCACGCGGGGCGGAGGAGAAGCAGCCGGUGAGAGCCCUCGGCCAAAAGUCUGUUUGCUGCCGGCUCACACCCACAAGUCACCGCCGACAGACGGAAGCGGGGCAUGGCUGCGUGACACACUCUCUGCUUCUGCUGCUCCCAGAGCUCCCAGUGCUCCCAGUGCACCUGGGCUGCGGGCAUGGGGAACAUCGCGUGCGUCCCGCAGGCGCCCGGAGGGCUCCGGCACUCCUUCAGGAGGAAACCUUCGCUGAAGAAAGAGCAAAACGGCAAGAAAAAGCUGCCCAGCUUCUUCGGCAUAGACGGCGAUGGGGAGAGGGAUACGACGACGGACAAAAUCCUGCAGUACAUCCCUGGCAAGAGCAUUCAGAACCAAGAAAACCAGAAGGAAAACCUGGACCAGAGGUUCCCCAGCCUGUUCAAGAAGGGACGGAGGAAAACGGUCGUCAGGAACCUGGGGAAAAUCAUCUAUUACUCCAAGGUCAAGUUCAAGUUUCAGCACUGCCAGGAGGUCAAUGACUGCUACCUGGAGCUCUUCCAGUCUCACCUGUACUUCCAGUCCAUGGGCUCCAAUGGGCUCACCUACCAGGGCCUGCUGCCUUUGAAAGAGCUGAAUGUGUGCGAGGUGGAGAGCAGGAGGAGCGCGGGGCAGGAGGAGCACGCCUUCCGCAUCACAGGUCCUCUGCUGAACCCUCUGAUCGUGUUCUGCCCCACGGAGACGGAGCUGAAGCAGUGGCUCUAUCACCUGGAGAAGCAGAUCCACCUGAAUGGAGGGAGUCUGGGCUUGCCCUUUGUUGCUCAGGAUGACUGGAAGCAGAGCUCGGUGGCGAAGGAGGAGCUGCGGUGGUCGGUGCAGAACAUGCCCGUCCAGGAGUGGGGGGGGACCCAGCGGGAAUCCCUCGGCGACGUCCUCUGCGUUUCCAAAGUGAAGCUCCAGCACCUGCCUUUCCAGGAGCAGCAUGAGCGCCUGCUGGUACUGUACCCCUCCACGCUGGUGAUCGUGUCUGAAGAGCACAACGGCCUCUACUUUAAGGGCGAGCUGCCACUCAAUGCCAUCCAGGUGUUAUUUGAAGAGAAUGAGAAAACCUCAUUUUUAAUAGAAGGCCGGCUGAUCAACUCCAUCCGCGUCAUCUGCUGCAGCUAUGAGGAUUACCAGGAGUGGCUCUACUGCCUCAAAACAGCCCAGUUUCGAAAUGCUGACUCCUCCCUGUCCGGAUCAGAGAGUUUCUCAGGAUCAAAGCUGCCACACCUCAGCCAGUUUGCUGGCAGUGGGAGGGGUUCACUGGCCUCUGAUGGCCGCACCAACUCCUGGGCAUCCGGAGGGAAAGGGACCAACACCCUGACACACCUAUCCCAGCACAGCGGCUCACUGCACGAUGCACAGUCCUUUGUGCUGCUGGAGGAGCAGCACAGCCCCGGCUAUUCCCAACCUCUCCAUUGCCUACCCCACACCAACUGGCCGAGCACUGUGCUGCCUGCGCAGGAGCUGCGGAGGGGCAGCAGCACCAAGAAGCCCAAAGGCAGAUGUGGUCCAUGCACACAGGACGUGGAGCAGGCACCAUGCAGCCUCCUCCCCCAGCACCCCGUCCUGCCUGCGCUGUACAGCGAGCCGUACUGCACCUAUAGCACACCGCAUCGCCCCACAGACCCCCCAGCACAGCUGGAACUGAGCAACGUCCUGCAGUGCCAGAAGAUCGCCCAGCCCCGGCCCGGCAGGCACUGGAUGGAGAUGCUCGGGGCACAGAGACACCCCCAGCCUCCUGCUGAUGCUCCAUACCUUGCCAGCGUGUCAUCUCUGUCAGAGGAACAUCUGGGCCCCCUGCUGCAGCCACCAGAUGAUGGCAUCGGUGCCUAUGACGUUCCGGAGGGUGGCUGCCUGCACCGCGACUCCGCAGUGUACCACGACUACGCCGAGCUGCAGAGCUUCCAGAGCGAGCUCAGCUACGACAACCUGUGGGACGCCGAGGGCAGGGAGCCAGACAGCCCAGCACCCUUCUAUGAGGUGUGAGUAGGGGCUCACCGGGCACAGGACGGCCCCUGGGCUCUGUUCUCCCACGCCUGUGGGUGUAGGAAGCAAAGAGAUAUGUAGCAGUCCCUGGGAGCAGUGUUAAGGACAUCCCAGAAUGGUGCCCUGGGUUCCUCCUUGAGGGAGGGGGGCACAACCUCCUCCCACCCCUCAGUGCCUGGGGGCAUCUGGGGAGAUCAGGGCACAAACAACAGGGGACAGAGUCUGGGUGCUAUUGCUCUGCAGCCUCUUGGCCAGAUCCCUCAGCACAUAGGAGGUCAGCAGCAAACCCAAAUGUUUUUUCACCUGAGGCUCCAAAUUCUUAACCUUUGUCCCCUCGAGAGGCUGCAAACCAAACACAGCAACAAAAUCUCUGUUUCGGUGCACACAAAGCAACCCAGCAGCAUUUUGUACUUGAAUAUCUACGUAUUACAUUGUACUUGUCUGUAUUUUUCAGAAGGUAUCCAGCCAAGUUUACAUGAGAGGUUUGAGUGGAUUUGAUGUAUUUAACGUGUACAUGUGGCUGUGUUGGAGAUGUAUUUAAUUUUGAAGCUGUGGAUGAGGCUCGGUGCUGCAGAAUGGGCAGCGUGCGUGUGUUGGGUUGGGUCUUCUGCUGUCGUCGUGUCGUUCCGGGUUUACCUUCUUGUUGGGAAGCUGUGUACUAAUAACCACAAGGAUCUAUUUAUUCAGAAUGGAAUGGUACUGUGAGCCCUGCAAUUACAGCACACCUUCCUCUGGCA